CCAGCUAUAAAUACACAAAUUCGCUACCCAUCUUCAGAAGCAACAAAAAAUCCCAGUCUCUCUCCUUUAAAAAUCCAAUCCAUUUCGAAAUUCCAGAUUUGUGAGAUCCAAAGGUGAUCGACAAUGUCGGGCCGUGGAAAGGGAGGCAAGGGUUUGGGCAAGGGAGGAGCCAAGCGUCACAGGAAGGUCCUCAGAGACAACAUCCAGGGCAUCACGAAGCCGGCGAUUCGCCGUCUUGCUCGCAGAGGCGGUGUGAAGCGUAUCAGCGGACUGAUCUACGAGGAGACUAGAGGAGUUCUCAAGAUCUUCUUGGAGAACGUGAUCCGCGACGCCGUCACCUACACCGAGCACGCCAGGAGGAAGACCGUCACUGCCAUGGACGUCGUUUACGCUCUCAAGAGGCAGGGCAGGACUCUCUACGGUUUCGGAGGUUAAGGUCCUUGUGCUGAAAAGUCUUGCUGUCAAGAAAUUUUCGUCCGAGUUUGGGGAUUUGGUGGGUGGGGUGUUAGUGUUUUGUAGCGUUCUGUGUUUGUAAUUACUAGUUGCUAUGUAGUUUGUUUGGGGGUGGGUAACGUUGUAUCAGAAGUCUCUCUGUAGUUCAAUCUCAGGAUUGCAGCUGAUUGUGAAUUGAAUUUGAAUGCGUUUCGUUGGUACUAA